AGUUCACGUAAAACGAGGUCCGUCGCCGUCUGCUAAAGACGGAAGAGUAGAGAGUUCAUACAAAUCGGUGGCCCAAGCAACAAAAUGGCCACGGAAUGUGUUCCCAGUCACAGCGAAGCACACCAGAUAGAUGUACUGGAAAGCCAUCCGUACCACGCCCAGCGCCACAAGGUCGGCCAUGAUAAUACCGUGUUCCAGAGCCUGUUUCCACGUGAGUUUAGCGUAGCCAAAGAGCAUCUGGUGCGCUCUCCCGCAGCAGUCGCUCUCAAUAAUGAGAUGACCCCGUUUCGCAUGCCUUCUCUAUCUGUCUCAGCGCGAAUCGAAGCGUGGGAGACGACAGAGGCACUUCCAAUACACCAGGAGACGUUACUUCGCGAUUCAAUCGCCCACUUCGACACGUCAGGAAAUGAGCUGCUCCCCGACGGUGAUCGUGAGGAUGCUUCGCGAACUGCGGAGGCUCAAGGCGACGCGCGUGGUGCAGGCGUUGAUUCAGCCGACGCACAGCCGCCUUUUCAUAUGCGUGUGAGGGAGGUAGAAAAGCGCUUUCGCGAGCAAAUGGAAGUCCAUCGCGAGUUGACACGUGCAACUCGGCAGUUGCAGCUCACCGAAAAGUCUGUGCGGGCGCUUCGAGCACAGCGUCGCACGCAUGCAUUGACGCACGCCAUUCAGGAGCGUCAAGAGGCAGUUUUGAAGCGCGUGUGGCCCGAGGGUGACAUACCGCCCUUGCCAACGGAGGAGACAGCGCAAUGGGUUCCGCGCUCCUUUACAGGCGGUCCUAAUCCAACUGCUGCCUCACUGCCUCCGCACCCCAUGGGGAAGGCGCCGGCGUUGGUUUCCGUGGUGCCGCCGUCUCCGGCGUCUUCCGCCUCCGCGAUGUCCCCAACGAGUGAAUUGUUGAAGGACAUUCUCAAUACCUUUUCGAAGCCGCGUGAGCUGCGGGGUGACAGCUCCUCGGCGGGGCGCUCCGUUGCGAGUCCGCUCACACCAGCAGCGAGGCCCACGCACAGCAGGACGCGCAGAAGGACGCACAGCGAGGGACCGCACAGCAGCAGCGGCCGCGCAGGGGCGAGCACCGAUGGCGUGGAGGAGUCCUUUCCACACGCGAACCGUGUGACGGCUUCCGGGUUGGAAAUCGUUCGUCCGCCGCCACCGCCAAAGCCGUACCCCGUUCUUCGCUACGUGGAGGUCCCUCGAAAGGCCGCCUCCCCGAUAACGCUCAACCCCUCUACCAGAGAUGUUCGUGCUACAAGUCAGCUACGGAAAGCGGCAUCAACGAAGCACACCAACGAUGCGGCCGCCGUGCCCUCCACCUCCUCGAACGAGUACUCUCAAAACAGCUUCACUGCACGAGAGACUGCAGCUCGCGGUUUGUCUCGCACUGGUGACAGCGCUGUGGAGGACGGCAUUGCCUCAACGCACACCACGUCUGUUGACAGCGCCGCGGACUCGUACAGUAGCGACCUCUUCGAAGUCGACGACGAAGACGGCACAACGACUCGCCGCCAUGACCGAAAGGCGGUGGCCUCGGACAUCUCAAGCUCCCCCCAAUCGGUGCACUCCGCUUCGUCGUUUACCGAUAGCGUUGUCGCGGGCACGAGCGAGACGUCGGUGGUGACAUCGUUCGGCGUGAGUGUCGAUACCGACGUCGAGGACGUGCGUCGUCGUGGCACGCAAGGGCUUCGUCGCCAUCAUAGACAGAGUUCCCUAGUGGCACCGUCCACGGUGCAGAAGAACGGCGCAACGGCGAGUGCAAUCGUCGAACGCUUCUUGGCCGCUUGCGACGCUGCUGUUGCCGCCGCCGCGCCGCUUCUUCACACGCCUGGUGUGCGAGUGGGCAGACAAAAGCAGACAGCGCCGGCGCCGUCGCAGCCUUCUUCCUCUUCCUCUUCUUCGGGCAACUCAUCGCAAACUUCGGCCUCUUCGACGCGGUCGAGGAAAGCAGAGAAACGCAGCGACAGCAGCGCCACGCUCGCUGAGGUGCGCACCUCGCAAGAAGUCUCUAACGGAGCCGUCUCUCCCUCGCAGGGGUGGCGUGAGGACCUGCAAACGCAGCUGCACCACGUCCGCCACCUCCGACGGUUCCGCGACCAUCUCAUUCGCCACUUAGAGAUGAUUGAGAUGCGUGGCAAGGCGCAGCGUGAGAAGGCACGGCUGCUGCAAGAGACACAGACGCUGGCGAAGGCUCGACGAGCGGCUCUGCGUCAACCUCCGGGGAAGCACGACGUGGAGAUGCAGAGAUUGCUGCAGAAGGUGAAGGGAGCGCAGCCGUCAAAAGACACCGCAGCCCACAAUCGUCAGCGUCGUCCACGGCCCACACGUUCUCAACUGCUGCAUGGAGCUGGCGAGGACGACGAGGUAUCGGAGGCAAUUGCAACCGACCUGUCCGACGAGGCCAGCACCGCGAAUUCCUCGGUCAUUGAGGAAGACCUCACCGCGGAGCAGAGCGCGCUCGACGAUGCCGUUACCGAAAGCAUCGACGAAGUAGUCGAUGACUGGGACAACUCUGCUGGGGGCAGCGUCAUCGCAACGGAGAGCGUUCAGUCCAUCGAGGAGGAUAUAGCAGACCUGUUGGAGCGCACUAGAAGAACCUCCGGCGGCAUCUCCUCCAUCACCGCGGUUACAGGCCCCAGUCAUGCGGCUUCCGAUGGACAGCUCGGGCUUCUUGCGAAUGCGGGGGCAGGCCUGGACGAGAUUGAGGAAGAACUCGCGGAUCGCUUAGCGGAACUGUCCUCCACGGCUAUUUCAACGAGCAGCAGCGUCCCCUCCGAGGUGGAGGAGCUCGUUGGCCUCCUGCCCUCUUCUUUGAUACCCAGCGACGUGGACGAGGAGAGGAAGGGGCGAGCCGCAGAGGCCGAAAGCGAACCCUCCACGCUCUCCACGGAGUCUGCCGUCGCAACGGAGACGGAUACCUCGCUGGGGGAAUUGCACAGCCAGCGGCGAAACAUCUACGUGGCGGUGAAGCGUGGAACGCGUGUCCAAGACCGACAAGACAACAAAGCGUACAUGCAGGACUCGAUGGCUUCGUCCAUCUUUACCGCUUCCAGUGACGCGGACGUGGACACGACGGUGGAAUCGAGCAUGACGAUCUCCGAGAGGGCAGACGACGCAUCCCCACUUGCUGAGCGUCCUUCUUCGGCAAUACGAAACGAUGCCCCACCCGCGUCGCAGCGAGGGGACGCAGCGACUAUUAGCACCACCACCACCUCCGACGGCGACGACGACGACGACGAAAGCCGCACAGAUGAGUCGGACAGCACAGACGCACUUACGGCGCUGGAGGUGGACAUGGCGCUGACGAAGCAUCGCCGACAGGCAGCGCUGCGCUCCGCAACGUCUGUCCCGUCGUUUGAUCAGCUCUACAACCCCUUCACGCCUGCUGGAAGACAAGUUACGGCUGCACAAAUGAAGGAGGCGUCAGCAUCUGAAAAAGAGCGGCUGUCAGGAGAGAGUGAAGCGGGAGGCGAUGUGAGCAAUGAAGGAAACGGAGAAGAACAAGGGUCGGGUAUGCGCGCGCCGUCAGCAACGAGGUCCGAUGAGGCGUCUGAAGCUGAUAAAGAUGUGACAGAGACAUCGAAGGCGCUCUGUAGCGAUCACGGUGCGGUGCAUCGUGCCGCAGCAGAGACGCAAACAGAGACGGCGUCGAAUACAAAAGCAGACGCAGGGACAGCAGCUACGGAGACCGCGCCGGCGGCGUAUGCAGCGGAAGAUCUGGUGGCCCAGAACGCAUGGAAGGCUCGACAGCUCCACAUGCUGCGUCAACUACGGAAGCUGUCCGUGGAGGACGCGCUGGAUGACGAGGCGAAGGUGGAGAAGAACGAGGUGGAGACUCAACCCAGAUCUCUGGCCUAUUCGUCGUCGCCGCGAAAGACGUCAGCGGAGGUGGCGUUGGACGCUGCCGAGGACGCCGCGCGAGAGGAGUGGGCGCAGCAUUGGGGGGUGUUGGAGUCCCUCCUACAAACACGCUUUGCCUCUCCCCGCUACGAGGAGCGAAUGACUGCCACACGUCACGCAAUGCAACGACAACGGCGACAAAUUCCACGCACACUUAGCGGGAGUUCUGCAACGAGCUCCGCCAACGAUGCAUCCCGAUCUGGCUGCAGCUCGUCGUCGUCUGCUUCUGCAAUUCCAUGA